AUGAACAAAAUUAUUUUUAGUUUACUUAUUAUUAAUUUAUUUUUAUUUAAAUCGAUUAUAACAAGAAGUAGAAGUAACGAAAUCGAUCAACAAAUUAUUCGUGAGCCUCUUCUAAAUAAUGUUAUUGUUGCAAAUAAAAAUCAAGAUCAACAAGGAAAUAUUGUAGUCCUUGAUGAACAACUUCACUUAGCUGAUAGCAAGUUUGAAGAGCUUUGUGACCUUAAAGAUAAAAGUUUCGAACGAAAUUGUUCACCACCCGAACAAUGUUUAUUAACAUCAUCAAUUCAUAAUCCAAUUAAAAAACAUUCAUUGAGAGCAGUACUCGAACUAAAAGAAGAUGCUAAUCAAUUUCUUCAUGCUUUUUCUAGAAGAAAACGAUUUUUGUAUCUUCUUUCAUAA